AUGUUCUCCUGGGAGGACUCGCGCAAGCCUCUCAGCAAGUGCACUCGGUGCCUCGAUAAGGACGCCUGGUUACGCUGCACCGAGUGCUGGGAUAGUAGUCCGCAUUGCACGCAGUGCCACCUCACCGCGCAUCGCCACCACUGGUUCCAUUGGGUGGAGGCCCGCCGGAGUGAUGAUGAGUUCUGGAAGAAGUACGACCUCUCCAGUCUCGACUUCACCAUUCGCCUAGGCCACGGUGGUGAGGCAUGCCCGUCCCGAGGGGGGUGGUUAUCGCCAUCCAAAAUCACCAUUUGCCACACGAACGGCAUCCAUCGCUGUCAAGUCGAGUUUUGUCACUGUCUCCAUGCCCCUUCCGUCCCCUGUCAACUUAUCCAGGAGCGCAUCUGGCCCGCCACCCUGGAUCAGCCUCAAACUGCGUUCACAACUCCACUACUCACACUGUACGACCACCUUUGGAACGUCAGCAACGUCAACGCCUACGACUUUAUUGACAUCUUGCAACGUCUGACCGACAGCGCGUUUCCUGACAAGGUGCCGGACCCCUACGACGCCUUCCGUCGUGUACAUCGCAUGUUCGAGCACCUGACGAUGAAGAAGCGUGCCGGUCAUUACCACGGCGUCAAGAUCCCCAACCGGAGCUCGGACGACCUCACGGUUGCAUGUCUUACUUGCCCACUCCCCAGCGUCAAUCUUCCCCUCGAUUGGGCUCAGGAAACGCGUGCCCCAUAUAUUUACCGCCACAACCUCGGGGUCGACGCCUGCCAUGGUAUGCCGAAGAGGACCAAGAACGACGACAAGAACGACAAAGCCCUUAGCGAGGGGCAAGGGUUCAUGGUCAAGUUGGCCGACAUGAAGAACAUGGUCGAAGAGAGUUUCAAGAAUGACGACGACCGCGUGGUAAGUUGUACUUCCAUCUAUCAGAUGAUACCGCUAACUGUCGCGAAGACCCAUACCUGCAGCAGCUUCAAGGUUGCUCGCGCGCAGCGUUUGGGCAAGUUCCGGACAGUCGAUAUCAGUGGCGUCGCCGCCAUAACCUGUCGUCAUACCUUCUUUUUCCAUCAAGGUGUAAUCGACCUCAUCUCGGGAGAGCGGUGA